AAACAUGGGGGUGCAUGAAGAAGCGGAGAAAUGGAAGGAGAAAGCGAUCAAACGAUCUCCAUUCGUCAAGUUCAUGAUGGAGCACAUGGCCAAGAGGGGCUGCCCUGUAGACGAGAGUUUCUUUGUUGUUCGCCAUUGCGAUGAGAAGGUAGGGGGAGGGUUUGAUGAGUCAGCCUCGAGGCAAGGAGGCGUGGUUCUCUGUGAGAAUCAUCUUCGCAACUACGCGCAUACUGAGAUGACGAUGACGCACGAGCUCAUUCACGCCUACGAUCACUGCCGCGCGUUCGUCGAUUGGACCAACUGUGUGCAUCACGCGUGCAGUGAGAUCAGAGCUGCCAACCUGAGCGGCGACUGCAAGUGGUGGCAGGAGAUUCUGCGAGGAAACACCGCCUUCCUAGGUCAAGGACGUGCCUGCAUCAAGCGACGCGCUGCUCUCUCUGUGUCUAUGAAUCCGGCAUGCUCGGCUCCCGGAGUCGCGCAAGAGGCGGUGGAGAAAGCGUUCGAGCGCUGCUAUGCCGACACGAGCCCCUUCGAUCGCGUUCCUUGAGCUGCUCAUGCAGCUGAAGUGACACAAGCCAGACAUGUUUAUGAAGCUUAACAUGUACAUCACCUCAACUAUUUACAUGCAGUCGAUGAAAGCUCACCCAAGC